AUGCGUUACCUUAAAGACGACUGCGGGCAGGACUCGUACCCCGACAGCCCCAUCUGCAGCGAGCAGGGCUGGACGUGGCAGAGUUCCACGGGAGGCUGCCACGACAACCCCGUGUGCACCACGGACCUGUCCCCUUGCCAUGACCACGGUAGCCUCAGCCGGGACAUCGAGGGCUCCUGCCAGAGUGAGCCGCAAGGUUGCCAACCCCUGGAGCCAUGCCCGGUCCGGACCUGCUGCCCCCCACAGCAAAGCUGCGAUUCCGGCAAGCCCCGACGGCGGGUGGAGGUGAGCCCGGUGCCACCUCCCUGUCCCCCACCUGUAAAAAUCCACCGGAGACCUCUGCAGCAGUACCGGCCCCCCUUCCACUGCGAGGAGCCUGAGAGCUGCAACAAACCCCGGCGGCGAGUGGAGCAGUGCCCCGAGGAGGAGCCCUCCUGUCCCCCCAUCAUCCUGCACCCCCUGCCACGGCAGCAUCGCUGUCCCUGCAUCCAUUGCCACCCACACCCCAUCCAGCACCGCUGCCCUGUCCCUCUGCCCCCACCAGUGUGUCCCAGCCAGCAGCAGCAGAAGCAGAAGGUGACUCUCUUGCCACCCUGUCUACAGAAGAAAUAA